CUCCGCCCCUCGCGUAAACCCCCAAGGCCAGCAUAGCCACACUCCACUCUCGCCAUCUCCGCCCGCGCUUGCCCCGCUCCCCUUCAUACCACACACGCCCCGAGCGCGAGCCUCCUAGCCAGCCUCUCGCCUCGCCAUGCACUCCAUCUCCAUCUCCGCCUCGGCCUCCGCCUCGGCGAUCGCCAGCGGAGGCGCCAGAUCCAAGGCGGCGGCGGGGCGCCGGCCCGGCGAGAUCCGGUUCUGCGGGCUCCGGGGCGAUGCUCUCGCGUGCGCCUCGCUGCGGGCCUCGCACGCCGCGGCGGCCACCAGGCGCGCGGUGCUGAGGGCGGCUGCGUCGGCGAACGGCGCGGCGGGGAGCGGCGACGGGUUCGAUUACGACCUCGUAAUCAUCGGAGCUGGCGUCGGUGGGCACGGCGCUGCGCUCCACGCCGUGGAGGAGGGGUUGAAAACCGCCAUUAUCGAGGGAGAUGUUGUGGGUGGGACCUGUGUGAACAGGGGCUGUGUUCCGUCCAAAGCACUUCUUGCUGUCAGUGGUCGGAUGAGAGAGCUUCAUGAUGAACAUCACAUGAAGUCCCUGGGUCUGCAGGUUUCUUCAACUGGAUAUGACAGACAAGCUGUUGCUGAUCAUGCAAAUAAUCUUGCCUCCAAAAUCAGAAGUAACUUGACUAAUUCAAUGAAGGCUAUGGGAGUGGAUAUAUUAACUGGAUUUGGCAAAAUUGUGGGAAAGCAAAAGGUACGAUACGGAAAAGUUGGUUUUCCAGAAAAAGAAAUCACUGCAAAGAACAUCAUCAUUGCCACUGGAUCAGUUCCUUUUGUUCCCAAGGGCAUAGAAAUUGACGGCAAGACUGUAUUUACUAGUGAUCAUGCAUUAAAACUUGAAUCCGUUCCGGACUGGAUAGCUAUUGUUGGAAGUGGUUAUAUUGGACUUGAAUUCAGCGAUGUGUACACAGCUCUAGGAAGCGAGGUUACCUUUGUUGAAGCUCUUGACCAGCUGAUGCCUGGUUUUGAUCCUGAAAUCGCAAAAUUGGCCCAGAGAGUCCUUAUCAAUACAAGGAAAAUUGACUAUCACACUGGUGUUUUUGCAAGCAAGAUUACUCCGGCAAAGGAUGGAAAGCCUGUGUUGAUUGAGCUCAUUGAUGCCAAAACGAAGGAACACAAAGAAACCCUUGAGGUGGACGCAGCCCUUAUAGCCACUGGAAGAGCACCAUUCACCAGCGGGCUUGGCUUGGAAAAUAUUAAUGUUGUUACACAGCGUGGUUUUAUUCCUGUUGAUGAGCGGAUGCAAGUCACGGAUGCUGAUGGCAAUGUGGUACCGAAUUUAUUUUGCAUUGGAGAUGCGAAUGGUAAACUCAUGCUUGCCCAUGCUGCCAGUGCACAGGGAAUCUCAGUCGUUGAGCAAAUCUCUGGGAGGGACCACAUUCUAAACCAUUUAAGCAUCCCAGCCGCUUGUUUCACUCAUCCAGAAAUCAGUAUGGUUGGGCUGACAGAGCCGCAAGCCAGAGAAAAGGCUGAUAACGAAGGAUUUGAGGUCAGUGUUGUUAAGACCAGCUUUAAGGCCAACACGAAAGCUUUGGCAGAAAAUGAAGGCGAUGGAAUUGCUAAGAUGAUCUACCGACCUGACACGGGAGAAAUUCUUGGUGUUCACAUCUUGGGUUUGCAUGCUGCUGACCUCAUCCACGAGGCAUCAAAUGCCAUUGCCCUAGGAACUCGUUUACAAGAACUUAAGCUUGCUGUUCAUGCACACCCAACGUUAUCCGAAGUCCUUGACGAACUCUUCAAAGCGGCCAAGGUUAAUUCAGGUGUCUCUCAUUCUGUAAAUGAACCAGUUGCAGCCUAAAGACGGGCAGGAGCGUGAGCCAAAUCAUCCACCCCAGCCGCUCUUGAAGGUCCUUAGUUUCAUCACGAGCCUGCUGUCUUCCCCGCAACGAGAUCGGCAACCCUAGCCAUACAAGGAGCUUUUGCAGCCUGCUGGUGCCACAUCAUGGUACCCAGGGAAAAAAUAGUUACACAUUUUGUAGCGUGUUCAGAUAUUAUUAGUCAUGGGGUGGUGAUUUGGUUCUUGUUGCCUUCAUUUCUUUGUUGUUUCACCUAUUGAGUGUAAGUCUAGCCAGGGUUGUUCAAAUAAUCGGCGUUCUCGCCGCAAUGUAUUUUUAAGACUGCUCAAUUGAUGUCUGAAAAGAAGUUUGCAGGUUGAAGGACUCGAAA